ACAACCUAUGACUUAUCAGCUGUUCUUGGAGUAUAGAAAGUCGAUUUCCAACACUAAUCGCCUAACGAACAAACGCAACUCUGAAAGCGUCAAUUGAAUAUAACGCUUUCGUUGUCCUGAACAUUACUGCUUAAAUGUGUCAGGAAAAUGGAAAACUUGCCAAUGGAAAUAGACGACAGUGCGCCGCCGAUUCACGAGGCGUUGAUCAACUACGCAGCAACAACUUGCCGCUUGUUUUACAUACACGACGCUUCCGCUUGGAAGGAAUGGACCACGAAUACCGAGUAUUUCCAGGAUCUCUCUGCCGACGAAGUGUGUCACAUAUUCCUGACUGAAGUUCUACCAAAUUUGGAGACUUAUGAGCUAUCGGAGAGCAUCAAGAACCGCUUCAAGCUCUUAGAAAUUCACCCACUCUUCCGACGCGUUGCCCAAGGCUAUCAGUAUACUCCCGAUCGCGAACUAGCAUCUCGCUUUGUUCUGCAAAAGGACCGUGACUACUGUCUGAUUGGCGAUAUUGAGAAACCCCAGGAAAGUCAGCCAAGACGUGGAUCCCACACCGUGCUUUUGGACGACGAAGGAGAUGAACCCAAGACCUGUGUUGGAUACAAAAGCAAAUUAAGUCAGGAGUUGGCCGCUAUCGGCUCGGCCAUUUUGUCUACCGAUCUGGAGCUUGCCAAUGGACAAAUGCUCGAUGUGGCUGAGAUACAUCGCCGUUUGAGAUGUGCAAAGCAGAAUUUCGAGGACAAGGCCAUACUUGCUCCAUUACGUACAGAUAUUGACGACAUGAUAAACAAAUUGACGGUCUUCGACGAGCUAAAAGCUAAAUUUUGUCGGGUAGUAAGUGAUUGUAAGAAAUAUGCAUAACAUCAGUUCAGAUGUGAAAGAUGUUUUGGGCGUCAGUUAAAUAAAUGCCUUUAAUUACUUGCGGUUAA